AUGCCGAACAUUCCCAGAUCAAUCCUGAUCACCGGCGGCACCAGUGGCCUCGGGCUUUGUGCUGCCACCGAGAUUGCAAGGCUACGUCCGCAGCAUCGUAUCAUACUGGCCUCGCGCAAAGACCCAGACAGAAGCGCGGCGUCGAUCAACCAAACGCUGGGCCAGGACAAUGUCGAGUUCAUGCCCCUUGAUCUCGGACACCUGGACAACGUCCGCUCCUUCGUCAAGGCCUGGGGCGAGAAAAACAUGCCCCCAAUCUCUGAACUGCUGCUGAACGCAGGACUUCAAUUUCCCCAUGGUGUCACCCUCACCGCCGACGGAGUGGAGGCCACCUUCGGCAUCAACCACGUCGGCCAUGCGCUCCUAUUCUACCUCUUGCAGCCGUAUCUGGCAGACGAAGCCCGCAUCGUCAUCACUGCCAGUGGCACCCAUGAUCCUAAGCAGAAGACAGGACUUCCCGACGCCAAAUACACGUCCGGCGAAGAACUAGCCCACCCCUCCAAGGCAACGGUCAAUAACCUGGGCCGGCAACGCUAUGCCACGAGCAAAUUGUGCAACGUCAUGUGGACAUACGCCCUCCAUCGACGCCUGACACGGCUGAACAACAAGAAGUGGACAGUUGUCGCAAUGGAUCCCGGCCUCAUGCCUGGCACAGGGCUCGCCAGAGACGCCGGACCCUUGGCCCGCUUUCUUUGGAACAGUGUGUUGCCUAGGAUCAUUCCGCUUAUCCGCCUUUUAGUGUCGCAAAACACACAUCUUCCGCAGGAGUCUGGAGCCUCGUUGGCAUGGAUCGCUCUUGAUGAGAAGGAGCACUCAACAAGCGGCGUCUAUUACGAAGGCAGAAAACAGAUCAAAUCCAGUGUCGAGAGUUAUGAUGAGACAAAGCAAGAAGAGCUUUGGUCGUGGACCGCGAAGUUUGUAGCAGCCAAUGACAGGGAGCUGCAAGCCUUCCAGGUCGCUCCUUGA